AGCCUCACAGAAACCAUAACACUCGUCCCUCGUGUUGCAUCUGAACUACGUCUCUCUUAGAGUUUCUUCACUUUUUUUUUCUCUCAACCUAAAUUAUAGCUUCAUGAAUAACCAUCAAGAGGAUGCUUGCAUCUGCCCCAGCUUUAACAGCUAUACGUCGGAUAGGUUGGCCGAAAUCGCCGUCAGAGUCGGCGCGGAGGAGUCUAGCAACGCCGCCGGAGAUGAGGAUUUUCAGUUUGCGUUGGUGAGAGAAGAUAGUGAGGUUUUGGCUGAGGAAUUGUUCUGCGAUGGCCAGAUCGGACCGUAUUUUCCUAUAUUUAAUCGCGAUCUUUUGAUAGGCGACGGAAGCGAGGAAAGGAAGAGCUACGAGAAUGAGCAGGUUGAGUCGAGUACUCCGAUUCCGUUAGGUAAGCUUUUUAUUGAAGAGGAUAACGAGCGUGAUAAUCCUCUGUCGUGUUCGUCGUCGGAAGCCGAUGAGUUGGAGCAGAUUCCAGCGGGAACGUACUGCGUUUGGAGGCCGAAAUUGGCCGAUUCGCCUGUACCGAAUCAGUGUAAGAAGAGCAAGUCGACUGGAUCGUCGUCGAGGGGGUGGAGAAUUCGAGAUUUGUUACGGCGGAGCAACAGCGACGGCAAGGACAGUUUCGUUUUCCUGACUCCGAAGCACCGGGAACACAAACAGGAUAAAUUGAUACAAUCUUCAAAAACCUCAAUCAGUAAAGGAUUACGCUCCGUCUCCGGAUCUCCGUCGCCACACGAGACGUUUUAUGUACAGAAUAGAGCGAUUAAGGAAGGAGAGAAGAAGAAAUCAUAUCUACCGUACCGGCAAGACCUCGUCGGUUUUUUCGCUAAUGCCAACGGCUUGCGCAGGAGCUUCCCACACCUCUAGGCUUCGUCGUAGGAGUGUUGUACGUUUUGCUUCAUCGGUGGUACGUCAACCGGUAACACCUCUGUUCAUUUUCUACAAAUCAGUAAUUAAUGAGUAGAUUCACGGUUGUUAAUGCGCACUCUGUUCGAAAUUGGGCUGUUCCUGUGUUCUUUUCCUUGUGCUUCCUGCCUGGAAUUAUAAAUUCGUAUCUACAACCAAACAGAGUGAUAAUUAUUAGAAAUAAAUCAUGUGCGGCGAUGGAUUGAAAAAUGCGCGAGCAUUGAGUGGUAGUUUCAUUGCUGUUUCCGAUGAAGGUCGGUGGAAUUGCUGAAAUGUAAAUGAAAAUUUGUUGCGGUAGUUUCUAGGUCUAUUUUUUUUUUUAUAUUUAUUAGGUUUGGUUACACUUACAAGUGUUGAUUAAUUCAUAUAUCUUCACUUCUUUCGGAUGAUACGGCGAAUAAUAUUAUUUUUUAUCCAAA